GUACGAAGGGCGAGCGGACGCAUAGCGCAGCGAUCCAACGUCGCGGGGGCUCCGGGGCGAGAGAGAGCCGUUCGGGGUCGUCGAUCGCGCACAAGCCCCCUGACAGUGGGCAUGACGGGGAUCGUGGAAAGCGCAGAGAGUCGUGGAUGUCACGCUCGCGUCGUGAAAUGCCCCUGUUGUGUCAGGCGGGGGGGUAAAGACCAUGGGCGGAAUUCUUCGAGCCCCCGUCGGAGGAUCGCUCUUCUGCACUCGACUGCGCCGUAACUCUCACCUGAGGUCCGCGCGAGGUGUACUACGCCGAAUGGCGAAUCUCGCCCCCCCGGCGGACACCCUCGGCCACAGGGCAGGGCAGGGCGGAGCGGAGCCCGGAUCGACGAAGGAUGGCGACCGCGAACCCGCGAGCCCCCGACGGCACACGCUCGCUUCGUGUUUCGCUCGCUGGGAAAGGAGGGGCUCAGAAGGAGUGGCAGCAAGCCCCGGGUGGCGACGCGAGAGAGAGAGAGAGAGAGAGCGUCGUCUGGUGCGGGGGCAAGCAAGCAAGCAAGCAAGCGGCGGGGCCCGCCGGCGGGGGCAAAAGCGUAAUCCCGCGCGCGUCAACUGGCGGAGAACAGAACGAAUCCGCGGCGUCGAACCGCGAUGGCCAAGUGAGAGGAGGCGCGUAGCCCCGGGGGGGCUGGGGCUGGGGCUGGGCUUCAGACAAGGGUGCCAACAGAGCGGCGAACGGAGAAGCGAAGAGGGAUGGGGGAAGAGGGAAGGAAAGGGGAGGCGACGAGGCAAAGGGGGAGGAUUGGUGGUGGAGGGGAGGCGCGCGAGAAGGGGAACGGAACGGAACGGAUCGGAACGGUAG